UUAGUGCAACAUUGUUCGUCAGUAUCAUAGCUAUCUCUACCUACUCGUACAACUACUGAAAGAUGGAAUGGGUUGAUAAAAAACUUGAUUCGCGUAAUAUAAACACCACAGAACAAUAUCUUACUUUUAAUUGGAAAUUAAUUCCACCAAAAAUGGAUAUUGAAGGAAUUUAUGACACCAAGUUGAGGCAUUUCUAAUGUGGUCGGUCGGGAGAACUUUAAUAUUAGGACUAAAAACGACCGCUUUGCGUAGUCGUAUUCGUUUUAUUACCGCUUUGGUUCUUAUCGGUGUUUAAUAAACUCAAAACGGCACCUACAUCGCUGUAAAAUUGGCUAAACAUUUAUACCUGAAGAACUCUAGCACAAAAGGAAAUUGGACGAAAACCAACGUAUCGAUGUGUGAUACACUUCGGUUAACGAACUGAGCCAUCUUCAUGGCGAGUUAAUUACCAUUGAUUGGUGUGCAUGGUCGGCAACUAUCACGGCUAGUCCUGGCUCACAGUGCGUCCGGGACCCGGCAGUGGCACAUCAAUCACGAGAUCAUCAUCAUCAACGCAUGUAAACAAAACGGUCCCGCUUUGUUACCGACUCAUUGUGAUUAAAACAGCUCUUGAAACUGUAGCGCCGCAGAAAUGGAAAAACGAAAAGUAACAUAUUUCAAUAAUGCAAUUCUUCCAUACAAAACUGUGAUCUCUACAUUGUUAAUAGUAUGCUGCUAUGGUACUUUUACGUUAGCGACGCCGAAUACAGUCUCUGCAAAUAGAACAAUAAGUGUUCAAAAUGAGACUUCGAUCAGCCAGCUGUUCCAUUGGGAGGACUACAGCGUCCUUGCUACCAUGCUGAUCGUGUCCUGCGCGAUUGGCGUCUUUUACGGAUAUUUUGGAGAAAAACAGACAACCAGUGACGACUUUUUACUCGGAGGUUCCUCAAUGGGCACAUUUCCAAUGGCCUUAAGUCUUGCUGCAAGUUUCAUAACAGCUAUAGAGUUAUUAGGAAACCCAGCGGAGAUGUAUAUCGGAGGUGCUCAAUUUUGGAUGAUUUGCGUUUGCUUCAUACUAGUGGCGCCCAUCACAAGCCAACUUUACCUGCCGGUGUUCAUGAGACUGCGUUUGACUUCUUGUUACGAGUACUUGGAAGUGCGGUUCUGCAAGUCGAUCCGCGUGUUCGCGAGCGCCCUGUAUAUGUUACAGAUGAUACUCUACACGGCAGUGGCUGUAUACGCUCCGGCACUUGCGCUCUCUGAUGUGACGGGAUUGAACACCUACCUUGCAGUUACGAUAGUGUACGUCGUGUGCAUAUUUUAUGCCUCACAAGGUGGCAUGAAAGCAGUGAUAAUGACGGACACGUUCCAGUCAGCGGUGCUAGUCGGCUCGCUUGCUGUGGUGCUGGGCAUGGGCGCCGCUCGCGUCGGCGGCAUGGACACCGUCUGGGCUCAUGCAAGGGAGUCCAACAGACUGCAUUUCUUCGACAUGAAUCCGGACCCAACAGUGCGGCACUCUUUCUGGUCAGUGGUCGUGGGAGGCACAAUGUAUUGGACGAGCAUGUUCUGCGCCAACCAAGCCUCGGUGCAGAAAUACCUGUCAGUAGAGCGCAUCUCACAGGCGCGGGUAGCUCUCUGGGUAUCGGCCCUAGGCCUCUUUGCGGUCUACUCCAUCAAUUUCGUCACCGGCGCUGUUCUGGCAACACAUUAUGCUAACUGCGAUCCAAUUCAGGCGCGGCAGAUCAACGGCUCAGAUCGGCUUCUGCCGCUGUACGUCGUCCAGCAGCUCGGUGAUGCGCGCGGCGUUCCCGGCUUCUUCGUGGCCGGCAUCUUCGCAGCCAGCCUUGGGACCGUAGCCUCAACUUUGAAUUCAUUAGCGGCUAUUGCGUGCCAAGAUUUAGCCACCGGACUUUUAGGAAUACAUCUACCUGAAAACAAGGGAGCGGCGAUUGCCCGAUGGGUUUGCCUCGGGUGCGGUGCGGUGUCGUUCGCGCUGACGUUCGCGGUGGAGCGGCUCGGGCCGGUGUUGCAGCUGGCGCUGUCCUUCAACGGCAUGGCGGGCGGCGUCACGCUCGGGCUGUUCACACUCGGCAUGUUGUUUCCCUGGGCCAACGCUAAGGGCGCCGUCGCCGGCGGGGUGUUCGGGCUGCUGGUGGUGCUGGCGGCGUGCGGCGGCGCGCAGCUCUCGCAAGUGUCGUCGCACCAUCUGCCGACCUCCGUCGAAGGCUGCCCCGCUUCUUACAACCUCACCGAGGCUUUCGCUGUGAACCCUGCAAACCAACACGAAGAAUCAGUAUUCUGGUUGUUCCGAGUAUCGUACCUUUGGUACUCCGGGCUGGGGUCGAUGGCCACGGUGCUCAUGGGGCUGCUGGUGUCCGCCAUCACGGGCGCCACUGACCCCACGCAGGUGCCCAUAGACCUUAUCUCCCCUCCUGUCAUCACACUGCUCAACAAAUUACCGAAAAAAGCAAAGUCAAUACUACGUCUCCCGGCGCGACUGGGGUCGGAGCGGCGGCGCAGCUCGAGCGUGCGGCCGCCGAGCAUGGCCGACGACAAGGACACGCGGCGUCGGCGCAGGCUGUCCGAGCUCGCGGGCGGCGUGUUCUACAGCGACGCCGGGCUCGCCUACGGACACGACAACCUCGCGCUCGCGCACGCCGCUAAAGAGCCGGAGGAUUACAACCCAAACCAUUCCCCUUAAAAUCACAGAUAACCCCCCUUGAUUUAAUUUGCUUCAUUUUUCUAUACGUCAGACCUUCAAUUUUGUAAGCAAAUCAUCCAACUCAUCCGCAUAAACCAGAUUUGAAGACAGUCGAUAGACUUCAAUUGUGCUUGUGGAAUGAGAUUUAAGUUGUACAUACUAUAUAGGCAAUCAUGCUACCGUGCAAUGGGUUAGCCAAAGAAAUCACCGUUAAGUUUUAGAAUAUUAGAAUAGAAAAGAAAUCAUUUAUUGCAUUUUAACGUAAGAUCAAUUAUAUUUUUGUUUAGGUAUGAAUGACCUAAUCAUUUGGCCGUAUUAAUUAUUUAAAAGUGAUGUCACUGAUGCCCAUCAGUAGCGUUGUUUGCAUCCACUUAUAGAAUACCAACCUGUAAAUUGCCUAUUUGUUGACAUUGUAUAUAGGUACAUAUAUAAGUAAUAUAGGAUAUAAGGGUGGUACUGAUGGUAUUCCACCUGUCCAAUGUGUAUUUGCAUCUCACAUUUUGCUUACUGAGAGAGUGAGACGCAAUGCACAUUGGAGCAAGAAAUUGGACAGGUGGAAUACCAACUUCACUGCACUCUAACAAUAGUAAUAAUUCUUAUUUGCUGUGUAGAUAGCUAAUUAAAUUAGACCCUAUACCUAUUUAAAUUAAGUAUUCAUUUAUUUUAUCUUACAGCCAAUUAGAAAUACAAACCAAAGUCAGGUGUUCUCAGGACGAAUACAAUUUUUAAUAAACAUCGACUGUCUUUAUUUAUUCGCGUCUCCGGCUAACCAUGAUUCUGGCACAUUACGUGUAAUCGAUAAAGUAUGCGUGAAAUUAAUUUUACCGUCUGUAAUACUCUAAUCGCAGACACCCAUAAUAAUUUAUGUAGUACCUACUAGAGGCAUAUUUGUUUUGAUAUCACUAAUACCUACACGCACCUUUUUUUAACCACAUCAGUGUACAGUACGCAAUAUGGUAAGGAAUUACCACAGCCUAUGACUGCGAUGCAACUCUACUAGGAGUGGCACAUUAUUAUAAGAAUUUACCUUUUGACCGCUACUUGUCAUAUCCAAAAACU